AUGAGUCUUUUCGAGCGUCCUCAUCGCCUGAUGUCGGUAUCUAGUGUGGUGAUUGGGCUGAAGCCGGAGACACUACGCGAGGUGGACGACUACGCAGUGUGGAUGGAGAAGCUCCGAGGAGAGCUCGUCAGGGUUUACGGGGAGCAGCUCAUGCAGUUGGAGGUGUCGGACAUUACAUACGCAACAGGCGACAAUCCAAAUCACUUUUCCUCUCGCAUCACGGAGGGUCUCUUCGAGGAUCUGCGUGCCUACAAGGCGCUCCUUGCAAGCACUGAUUCCAUCAACAAGCAGCUGACAGAGCGAACGGAGCUGCAGCAACUCAUAGAGUCUGCCAUCAGCCAGAACACCGAGGGCGGUAGGGCCCUCCGUCAGCAGCAGCGCGAGCUGCGCAGCGUGAAGGACAGCAUCGUUCAGCUUACUCGACAGGCGGCAGAGCUCAAGUACCAGCUGUCCUGCCUGUCGCAGCAGCUUACAAACGUCUUCCAGGCGGAAGCUGUCCGCGUCUCCUUUGCGUGA